GCCCCCUCGGAGAUCCCAGGGAAUCAGUGUGUUGGAAAAGCCAGAGGGGCCCUAGCUACCCUGAAAGCAGCGGAGGCUAGGGAGAUAAAGCCGACAACCUAGUUAUUCUAGUGCAGGACUGGAGUGGAAGGAACGCACAACGUCAAACCCUAGCCGGUUUCUGGCAACAAUCAACGCCUUUGGAAGCACCGUGGAGUUCAAGCCUCCGCCCUGGAGCUGCCCUUUCUUCUUCGGAGAAGUUUUUAAAAGCUGCUAGAUACUCUGAAGAAAGGAGGAAAGUGUCUGGUAGGAAAGACUGCUGCCUUUACUCCCCCCACCCCGCCACCCCCACCCUUUACCCUCCACCCUCCUGCUGCUGCCUCUGCUGGCUCCUAACACCACCACCCCCAACCCCCACCCCAGUCGACCCAGCACUGCCAGUCAGAGUUUACAGAGAGGUAACUCCCUUUGGCUGAGGCUAGAGAGCUUACUGCUCCUUGCAAACUGCUCUGAGGAGCAGGACUACCAGGGAGCGGCUUUUAAGCACUGCAGCCAGGACCUGUCUGGUUUGGCAGGACGUGGGGCAGGCUACCAGGAUCCCUUCAAUACUUCUCCGCCUCCCCUAGCAUAUCUCUCUCCAGCCAGUUUUUUGAACCAGAGAUUAAAGGAUGACUAGGUAUUCAAGACUUCAGUAAUCUAAAGCAAAAUAAAAUUUAAAGACAAGGAAAAAACAAAAAGAAAAUAACAAAAGGAGAAGAGCACGUAUUAGCUGCACCUGUUCAAAAACUGAAUUCGAAAGGCAGAGGAUUCCCCUUUCUGUUUCUUCCUUAAAAUUUUGAGCAUCUUUAAAUCUGUCCUCCACGUAUUCAGGAACAGACUGUGAACCUAACAGGGAAGAUCCUGCUUGUUGCUUGUUUUCCUCUGCAAAAGACUUUUAUAGACUGUCAAAACGCUUUUGCUUUGGCUACUCCUGCAAGUGUCCUUCCCAGGAGGUUCCUGCAGGUGGGCAGUUAAAUAGCGACUACCACAUCUACAUCAGCAGCCUGUUGAAUUCUUAUCAAGCAGAGAAAGGGAGGUAGAUUAAAGGAAUUGGGUGGGAGAUUCAGCUAGAUUCAGUAAUGGAGGUGCAGUUAGGGCUGGGGAGGGUCUACCCUCGGCAGCCUUCAAAGACCUAUAGAGGAGCUUUUCAGAAUCUAUUCCAGAGUGUGCGUGAAGUGAUCCAGAAUCCAGGACACCGACACCCAGAGGCCUCAAGCACAGCACCUCCGGGUAUCCAUUUGCAGCAGCAACAGCAGCAGCAGCAGCAGCAGCAGCGCAAUCUCCAGCGGCAGAAACAGCAACAGAAGCAGAAGCAGCAGCAGCAGCUGUCUGAAGAUGAUUCUCCCCAAACCCAGAGCCAAGGCCCCACAGAAUACCUGGCCUUGGAUGAGGAAAAGCAGUCUUCCCAACAUCUAUCAAACCCUGAGGACCACCCAAAAAGUGGCUGUAUCCUAGAGCCGGGAGCUCCUGCAUCUGUCAAUAAGGGACUACAACAGCAGCCACCAGCACCUUCAGAUGAGGAUGACUCAGCUACCUCAUCCACACUGUCCCUACUGGGCCCCACUUUCCCAGUCUUAAGCAGCUGCUCUGCUGAUAUUAAAGAUAUCCUGAGCGAAGCCGGCACCAUGCAAUUGCUUCAGCAGCAACAGCAAGAGGUGGUGUCUGAAAGCAGCAAUAGUGUGAGAGUGAGGGAGGCCACUGGGGCUCCCAACUCCUCCAAGGACAGUUACCUAGGGAGCACUUCUACCAUUUCAGACAAUGCCAAGGAGUUGUGUAAGGCAGUGUCAGUGUCCAUGGGCUUGGGUGUGGAGGCAAUGGAACAUCUGAGUCCUGGUGAACAGCUUCGGGGGGAUUGCAUGUAUGCUCCACUUCUGGGGGGCCCACCUUCUAUGCGUCCUACUUCUUGUGCUCCACUGGUUGAGUGCAAAGUUUCUCUGCUAGAUGAUGGUUCUGGCAAAAGCACUGAAGAGACUGCUGAGUAUCCCUCUUUCAAGGCAGAUUACCCCAAAGGGCUUGAUAGCCAGGGCUUGGCUUGCUCCACCAGUGGUGAAGUAGGGACCUCUGGAGCACUUGAGUUACCAUCCACCCUGACUCUCUACAAGUCUGGAGCACUGGAUGAAGCAACUGCAUAUCAAAGUCGUGACUAUUACAAUUUUCCACUAACUCUGACUGGGCCACAGCCUCCACCACCAUCUCCCCAUCCUCACACCCGCAUAAAGCUGGAAAACCCAUUGGACUAUGGCAGCACCUGGGUGGCCACAGCAACACAGUGUAGAUAUGGGGACCUGCCUAGCUUCCAUGGUGGGGGUGCAGCUGGACCUAGCACAAGCUCACCCUCUGCUGCUGCCUCCUCUUCCUGGCACACUCUCUUCACAACUGAGGAAGGCCAACUGUAUGGACCCUGUGGUGGGGCAGGAGGCAACAGUUCAGGGGAGACAGGGACUAUAUCCCCAUAUGGUUACUCUCGGCCACCUCAGGGACUGGUGGGCCAGGAAGGUGAAUUUACCCCACCUGAAGUGUGGUAUCCUGGUGGCAUGGUGAGCAGAGUGUCCUAUACAAGUCCCAGUUGUGUCAAAAGUGAAAUGGGCCCCUGGAUGGAGAGCUUCUCUGGACCUUAUGGGGAUGUGCGUUUGGAGACUGCCAGGGAUCAUGUUCUACCCAUAGACUAUUACUUUCCACCCCAGAAGACAUGUUUGAUCUGUGGGGAUGAAGCUUCUGGCUGUCAUUAUGGAGCUCUAACUUGUGGAAGCUGCAAAGUUUUCUUUAAAAGAGCUGCAGAAGGGAAACAGAAGUACCUGUGUGCUAGCAGAAAUGAUUGCACCAUUGAUAAAUUUAGAAGGAAGAAUUGCCCAUCUUGUCGUCUCCGGAAAUGCUAUGAAGCAGGAAUGACUCUGGGAGCCCGGAAGCUGAAGAAACUUGGCAAUCUGAAACUACAGGAAGAAGGAGAAUCUUCCAGUGCCACCAGCCCAACUGAGGAGCCAACCCAGAAGCUAACAGUAUCACACAUUGAAGGCUAUGAGUGUCAGCCUAUCUUUCUGAAUGUCUUAGAAGCUAUCGAGCCAGGUGUGGUGUGUGCUGGACAUGACAACAAUCAACCCGACUCCUUUGCAGCCUUGCUCUCUAGUCUCAAUGAACUUGGAGAGAGACAGCUUGUACAUGUAGUCAAGUGGGCCAAGGCUUUGCCUGGCUUCAGAAACCUGCAUGUGGAUGACCAGAUGGCAGUCAUUCAGUACUCCUGGAUGGGACUUAUGGUGUUUGCCAUGGGCUGGCGUUCCUUUACCAAUGUCAAUUCCAGAAUGCUCUACUUCGCCCCUGACCUCGUUUUCAAUGAGUACCGUAUGCACAAGUCCAGGAUGUAUAGCCAGUGUGUCAGAAUGAGACACCUCUCUCAAGAAUUUGGAUGGCUCCAAAUCACUCCCCAGGAAUUUCUGUGCAUGAAAGCACUGCUGCUCUUCAGCAUUAUUCCAGUGGAUGGGCUAAAAAAUCAAAAAUUCUUUGAUGAACUUCGAAUGAACUACAUCAAGGAACUUGAUCGUAUCAUUGCAUGCAAGAGAAAAAAUCCCACAUCCUGCUCAAGACGUUUUUACCAGCUCACCAAGCUCCUGGACUCUGUGCAGCCUAUUGCACGAGAGCUGCAUCAGUUCACUUUUGACCUUCUUAUCAAGUCCCACAUGGUGAGCGUGGACUUUCCAGAAAUGAUGGCAGAGAUCAUCUCUGUGCAAGUUCCCAAGAUCCUUUCUGGGAAAGUUAAGCCCAUCUAUUUCCACACACAGUAAAGCUUUAUGAACCCCUGUUUCAUCACCCCAAACCACUACCCCUUUCAGAUACUUUUGCCUGUUAUAACUCUGCACUACUUUUUCUGCAGUGCCUUGGCAAAUUUCCUCUACCGAUGUGCAAUCUGUCAUGAAGAUGUUCCUGAAUUCUUUUUGCUGGGCUUUUUCUCUUUCCUCUUUUUAACCCCUUCCUAUAAGAUACUUCCAUAGGUCUUUUAGAUUACCCUACCUGCUAUAGCUCUUAUCUGUGCUUUCAGUGGUGUUGUAGUUCUUUAAAUCUGUGAUGAUCCUCAUGUGGCCCAGUGUCAAGUUGUGCUUGUUUAUAGCACCACACUGUGUGCCAGCCACAUAAACAUUUACUCAUCUAAUUCCAUGGGAAGUUUAGAGAGCUAAGAGUAUCUGGGAAAACAAAGGGGAAAGAAACCAUGCUAGAGAUUUUUUCCUCUUAAUAAAUAAUAAAAGCAGACAAACAGACAUCCUGAAUAAGGUAAAAAGUAAUUAGAAUAAAUUAAAAAGUGCUGGCCUGUGGGGAGCCAGACUUCAUUUUCCCCAAAACUUUCCUCCCUUUAAGACUAUUUUCUGCCAAUGGCUAUUACCAUGAAAGGGCAGGGUGACCGCAGAGCUGAACUGGGGCAGGAGGAGGGCAAAUUUAAGAGAAGUCAAAGAGGACAGAUAGAUCACCACUACCUGCCCACAGCCUUUGCCCCUGAGGGCUAAACUGUUCAGCUGCAUUGCAAGUCAUUGUACUGGAAAAUGUGCUUCUAUUUUGAAAACACAUCUGCAUGUGACUGCCCUCCUCCGUCCCUUUUCCUUCUCACCCUCUGCCUCCACCCUCAAAUUGAUUUUCAAUAACUUUUCAAGUUUUGAACUGAAUGUUCUGUUUAACAAAAACUUGGCCACUUUCACUGAAAAGCCAGACGAGAGAGAAGGAGGAAAGAUAGCUAGCCUUUGGAAGGUCCCGUUUGAUCCAGAUAAGUUUUAUCAUCUGUGUGCCAGGAAGGAGCUUGAAACUGAAGUUCAAAGAAAAGAAAAUGGUGGCUUGGCUAUUCUCCUGCUUAGGACAUUGAAGAUGUAAUUGCUAUUUGCCCCUACCUCUAAGAGACCUGAAUGUUUUCUGCUUCAUUUCAGGCAGUUGCUAGCUACCUUUAGUGCUUUGUGGGUCUGAGUUGCACAGACUGCAUUUCACCCAUGUUGGUAAAGUUUGCUCACUUUGGGGGGCAAGUCUGUAGACUCUACUAAAAGUCUCCACCACCAAGAAGACUAGUAAGACAGAAUUGUUGACAUUUACCCAUAGAUUCCGGUAGGGUCAAGACAUCUUACCAAACAUCCCUCACCAGAUCUUCAGUCUUAAGACAGACUGGAAAGAUGGUAUCACUGGGACUGGACAAGCUGCCAUCUUAGAUAUGUCGUACAGAGAUGGAAUCCUUCUAUAAGUGGAGAUAAGUCCAUUUUCUCCCUCAGAGAAACUAAAUGGGAUACUAAGGUCAGGGAUAAGGAAAAAAAAAUCCAUUACCAGGGUGUGAAGAAUGAAGGAUCUAGCUAGAACCAGAAAGCCUAAAAUAAUUUCCUUCUUAUCCAGCAUAUCCACCUGAAGAAUUCGUGGGAAAGAUGAGAAGAAAUCACAAGUGGACUCAUACUAUUAAGUAUUUAGAGGCAAAGUUUAAACCCAGAUGUGUCCCACUUAGUGACUUUACUAAUAUAUCUCCUUUGCUACUGAAUCUGUGCUCUGACAUUGGAUCAUGCUCUUAGAAUGUGGUUGAAAUGUUGAGACUACAGAAAUAUGAACUCCUUCAGAUGACUUCAUAUGACUG